AUGCCCUCCCAACUCACUGCUAGACCCAGUGAUAUACCCCUCAAUAACCUCUACAAUCUGCUCGAGCCUAUUACCGUGUCCAAGGAACAUGCACGCUUCACCAACUGGGGUCGUACUUUUGUCUGUACACCGUCGUCUAUCUUCGAGCCAGAGAACGAAUUCCAGUGCGAACUCGUUCUAGAGCUUGCUCGCAGGGAGGGGAAGACACUCAGAGUAGCUGGUGUCGGCCAUAGUCCUAGCGAUCUCGCUUGCACGAACGAAUUCAUGUUGCGCACUACCAAGCUCAAUCGGGUUCUCGAGGUUAACACAGAGAAACGAUACGUCGUCGCUCAAGGAGGGAUCACCCUUAACGACCUGCACGCGCAGCUUCAGAAAAACAACCUCGCGAUGAUCAACCUCGGGUCCAUAUCCGAGCAGUCCUUGGCUGGCGUCGUAACGACCGCGACGCACGGCUCCGGGAUGACCUAUGGCGUCAUUUCGACAAAUGUAAUGGCCCUAUCGCUGCUGCUCGCAGACGGGUCUCGAAUCACCUGUUCUCGCAACGAGCAUGCCGAUCUCUUUUUGGCGUCGAUAUGCGGUCUCGGCACGACAGGCAUCAUUCUCAGCAUUCAACUGGAGGUCGAGCCCGCGUAUAGACUGAAAGAGUUGCAGCAGACAUUGCCAUUUGACGAUGUUGUACAGAAUCUGGACAAAAUUGUGCAUUCGGCUGAGCAUGUCCGCCUGUGGUGGUAUCCAUCAAAUGGAACGAUACGUUGCAGUUAUGCUAAUCGCACAGACGAGCCUAAAAAACCUGCAGGUAGCUGGUGGUGGCACACGGUGAUGGGAUACCAUGUCGUUCAAUUCUUAUUGUUCCUGGGGCGAUACUUCCUUUUCCUAAAUACAUGGGUUGCAAACUUUGCCUCCUGGUUAUCAAGCGGGGAUACUGUAGGGAUCGACGAUAGCUACAAGAUUUUCAACGUCGAUUGCAGGUACCCCCAGCACACCACAGAGUGGGCUAUUCCCUACGAGAACGCGCAAGCAUGUCUACGUGAACUACGCGAUUAUCUGAAUAAAGAAUACCAGAAUCCAGAUGGAAUUCGCCCACAUUUCCCCAUCGAAAUUCGAUUCUCUGCCAGCGAUGACAUUUGGCUGAGCCCGAGCAGUGGUCAGCGCACAUGCUGGAUCGGAAUCGUCCAAUAUAAACCAUACGGAUUCAAUGUGCCAUAUCGGAAGCUUUUCAAAGCAUACGAAGAUAUUGUUGUCCAGCAUCACGGCCGUCCACAUUGGGCCAAAGCUCACCGUCUGCGCCCCGAUUCUCUACGGAAAUUAUACCCACGUUUCGAUGAUUUCAGACAAGUCAUGGAGAAGGUUGAUCCCAGUGGUAUUUUUCGCAAUGACUAUGUUGAACGUCAUAUUAUGGGAAAGCCGUUAAACCCGAGGGUAUACAAGAAACACCAGGACUCAUAG